AACCGGAACUAGAACUCGGACACGUUCACUCGCGGACAGGAAGUUGCCGGCGUUGGAAACAUGGGGAAGAGGGGAAGAGCAUCUACUAGACCGAAGAAGCAGCAGGAGGAGUAUGAUAGUGACGAUCCUCAGGCUUACAGGGAUUUACCAGUGCCAGAUGUUAACUCUGCCGAAUAUUUCAAUGAUGAGGUGGACAAGUUUCAUGACAGGAAAGUCACGAAGCUGUUGGUGGAGGAAGUGGAGCUGGACCACGGGCAGGAGGCUUCGGAGGAGGAGGAAGAAGUGAUGGCCCUGGACAUUGGCGACUCUGACGAGGACGAGAUCGACAUGGAGAGCGACCUGGACGACAAAGUGAAUGAUGACCUCCCAAAUGAACUGGCCUGGGGUCAGAAGAAGACCAUAUAUUACAGCACAGACUAUGACGAUGAAAUCCCUCGUGGUCAGAGUCAGACUGCUGCUCUGGCAGAGGCUGAGGAAGAGGAGCAGGAGGCCCUGAAUAUUCAGAGACGGAUGACCGAGAAUCUAACAGAGGAGGACUUUGGCCUGGACCUCAUUCAGACGUUUUCCCAGCCACAGAAGCAGCAGGAGGCAGGAACUGAACAGAAAAUACAAAAAGACUUGAAACAGAUGUCUGUUAAAGAGAAAAUGAAGCUGCUGAAAAAUGAAUCUCCGGAACUGCUUGAGCUGAUCCAGGACUUUAAAGCCAAGCUCACAGAACUGAGAGAUGAUCUGCAGCCACUGAUGGAGAUGGUUCAGAGUGGGAGGAUUCCAGCAGGGAAGGGUGCGAACUACCUGCACACCAAAUAUCUGCUGUACCUGAAUUACUGCACAAACAUCAGCUUUUAUCUGGUGCUAAAGGCGAAGAGGAUGCCAGCGCACAGCCACCCGGUGAUUGAGCGACUUGUCUCCUACAGAAACCUAAUCAAUGACUUGACGGUCGUGGACCAGAAGAUGUUGCCAGAAAUCCGGCAGCUUUUGAGUGAAGACCAAGUUAGCCAAGCCAGUGGAGCGGCCGAGAACCAGCAGCACUCAGAGGCAGUGAGGGAAGCACUCAGCCAGACAAACAGGCUUCCAGGAGCCGGGCAACGACCACAGGAGAAGGCAAUCCUGUCUCGAGACUCUGAGUCUGACCUUGAUGAGGAAGCUGCACUUCAGUAUUACAGGGAAAUGGAGGAGAAGCUUUCACAGAAGAGGAAGAAGGGAGUGGAGCAGCACAGCUAUGAGGCAAAUGCAGGUGUGGAGGAGUUGCACCCGGACGGCAAGAGAAAGAUCACGUACCAGAUUGCCAAGAAUAAAGGUCUCACACCCAAGAGGAGAAAGAUUGAUCGGAAUCCUCGGGUCAAACACAGGGAGAAAUUCAGACGAGCUAAUAUCCGUCGUAAAGGCCAGGUGCGGGAGGUGCGACAGGAGGCGAAUCGUUACAGCGGUGAACUGUCUGGUAUUCGUGCUGGAGUUAAGAAGAGCACCAAGCUCCAGUGAUGCUGGUGUCAGCUUAGUGUAAGAUCAUCAGCAGCUACAAAUUAUUUGAUAUGGUAUAAUAAUGAAUUUGUAAAAUAAAGAAUUUGUACCCA